AUGCCUCCAAAGAAACACAAUACAAGAGGGAGAAGUUCCCAAGCUGCAACCUCAUCUUCUACGGGAGUAAGGUCUACAGCAGCGAUAUUUGCCAAUCCUGAUGAAAGAGUUGAUGAUGCGAUAAUUGAUGGAUCGACACAGCCAGCUGCAUCGGACGUACCAGUAAGUGAUGAAAUAGAUGAUCCAUCGUCUUAUUCAUUUCCACUUAAUUACAUCUACAAGGUACAAGAUUUCCUAAAUGAUAACUUAGAUUUGUGUAAAUUUGUCCAACUUUUGGUUGUUUUAUACAUUAGUGAAGUAAUAUACUUGACUUAUGGUGAACAAUUCUGGGAAAAUUAUGCAAUUAUUGGGUUCAAUUUAUUAGGUCUUUCGUUGGCGUUGAUUUUGGGUUACCAAGCACAGUUAAAAAAACAUUUGGCAAACCCUGAACAGUUUGUAAGACCGGAAUUACCUGAAUUCAACCAUAUUUACUCUGUAUUCAUUCCAUUGACCAUUUCAUUUCUUCUCAAGCUGGAGUUCUUAUUGGUCAAUUUAGCUUUGAAUAAUUUCAUAAUCGAUAGCUUGCAUCCUAUUCCUAAAUUUAUUUCGGCUGUGAUCUUUUUCCAAGUGUACAAUGAAAAUGAGGACAUCACCAUUUUCAGGAUGUUUCAAAUAACUUUCAUGCACUACAUGUUACAAUAUGUUAUCACGUUAGCAAAUUCGGGAAAUGACGAUACAUCUACAUACGUAUCGGAUGAAGUCAUUGAUGAGGAUGACACAAUAAACUUGGAAUUGGUUGAAAAGAAUGAUGAUAAGAAGUAUAGAUCAGGUACAAGUACCACGUUGAACAAAGCUGAAAUCCAGUUGUUGUGCUUAAUGGUUACUAAUUUGUUGUUUGGGUUGAAGGAGGCAGAUAAUUUUAAUUUGCCCUUAAUCAUUUUGCAGAAGUUAAUUAUCAGUUUAAUAGUAAGUUUAAUGCUCAUCUAUCCUCUCUUUAAAGCUUAUGAAAACUGGAGACUGAAAAUAUUUGGAGUCUUCAUUAUUGUUACGUUUGCUGGGUUAUUUACAUUUGUUACAAAUUACUUAUUGGCGCCUAUACUUUCGAAUUCUAAUGCCAUCGUUUGGUUGUGGGAAUUCAUUGCCGAAUCUGAAGAAAGAGUCCAAAUCUUAAGUGCAUGGGGAAUUUUAUUACUAGUUUCCAUUCCAGCAGUUUUCAUCAAUUCCAACAGACUUUCCCUCAAUUCGAGAAGAAAGGUAUGGCAUUAUGUUAUUUUAGUAAUGAUUGCGUAUCCAAGCUUGCCAAGACAACCGAUUUUUACGAUUAUAAGUUUGCUCGGAUCUAUCGUUGUUUUCAUAACCAUGGAAAUCGUCAGAUAUAAUAAAUUCACCAUAUUGGGGGAAUGGUUAUAUGAACAACUAGUUAUUUUCCAGGACUUUAAGGAUUUGAAGGGACCAUUGAAUUUAUCUUAUAUUUUCUUGAUCAUAGGUGUUACUAUUCCGAUCGUUUUUGAUUACUGUAUUAAGCGUGAGCUUACGUGUAAAUCGUUUAUUGGAAUAAUUGGCUUAGGAAUUGGCGAUUCGUUUGCAUCGGUUAUUGGUAAACAUUUUGGUACCCUAAAGUGGAAGGGAAGCUCCAAAUCCGUCCAAGGAACUGCUUCUUUUAUUUUCUUCUCCAUGGUUGGAUUCUACUUUGUCGAUAAGUAUAUUUUAACGCAACACGUACAUAACUGGGAAAACUUAUUUGUCUGUUGUAUCCUAGGUGGUGUGUUAGAAGGUGUCAGCAAUUUAAACGAUAACUUCUUGAUCCCUAGUGUCAUGUACAUUUCAUUACAGGCUCUUGAUAAUAUUUAG